AUGUGCCCUCUGCGGCCACAGGUGGUGCAGGAAACGGUCCCCCCUCCGGUCACCCUUAGAGCAGCACCUCCGAGCUCCAUAGGUGUAGACUCAGAGGUGCUGGGGGAUGGAACGGACGGACCCCAAUCCGAGCGUCCGCGGGUGGCCAACAGAAUCACAAUCAUCAAGGACACAAAAGUCCCUAACGCCUGCCUCUUCACGUUGAACAAAGAGGAUCACACAUUUGGUAACAUCAUCAGACAACAACUUCUGAAGGACCCCCAGGUGCUCUUUGCUGGCUAUAAGGUCCCUCGUUCUCUGGAGCACAAGAUUGUGAUCCGUGUUCAGACCACACCAGACUACAGUCCUCAGGAGGCUUUCACUAAUGCCAUUACUGACCUCAUCAGUGAGCUGUCGUUGUUGGAGGAGAGAUUUAGGGUGAGUACAUGA